AUGUCUACAAGUAAUCAGAAGGUGCUAAUUAUACAAGAUGCAUCGAAAGAACUAUGUGCAGUUUCCAUCAGAGAAGCCCUCCGCAGCUUGUCACUUACUCCUGGAGCCAAAGUCAAGCUUCUUGGAAUUAUACCGGCAUUCAGGACCGCCCACAGAUUUUAUCCUUUGCGUUGUGGACUUGGACUCAAAAGCAGGUUACAAUCGAGUGUAACGAUUAAUAAGAAAAAGGAAGACAUCGAACAGCAAGUACAACAGAUGAUGGAUGAAUAUUCAAGAUGUUCACAUAUUGCAAGGAUUUGGAGGCAGGCUGAAAUACAAAAGGUUGGAUUCGAGAUAGCAGUUGAGGCAGGGUCGCUAAAAGAGGUUGCCGUGGAUUAUGCCAAGAGCUAUGGGGCUACACACGUGAUCCUUCCAAGGUAUACUGUAGUUUGA